AUGGGGAUUGAACAAAACGGGUCUGGUGGGAAAGUGAAGGGGAGAAAUGAAUCAAAGAGGAACAAGCGGAGGCAGAAGAAAUUAUCGCCGGUUCAGAAGAUGUAUGAAACCUGCCAAGAAAUUUUUGCCUAUUGUGAACCCGGUGUUGUUCCGGCACCUGAAAAAAUCGAAAAACUUGCGGCUUGUUUGGAUACGAUGACUCAAGCAGACGUCGGCCUGAAGCCAAAUAUGCCAUUUUUGGACGAUAAAAGAGCACCCGCGAUAACCUAUCUGCACCUUCAUGAGUGUGAAAAAUUCUCAAUGCAAACUAGUGCAGAAGUGAAGCAAGCCAUUUGUGUGGGAACCAGUGUAGUUGAAGUACGGAAAUUUGCUGGUUUAGGGUAUCUUAAUUAUGACCAUAAACGCAUCAUUUCACACUAUCUCCUCCUGUUGCUAUUUCGUUUCACACCUGGAAUCUUCCUCCUAAGCACCUCUGUUGGUGACGGGCGCAACAGUGGCGUGCGAACAGUGUCAAACACAGCAUCGCCGCUAGUGCCACUAUGA